AUGGUUGUGCUCGUGCUCCUGUCCCUGGUGGUGAUGGGUGUUUUGGGGGAUGAGUUUAGUAUAUUAAGAUCACCAGGGUCUGUUGUUUUCCGAGAUGGAAAUUGGCCGAUACCUGCAGAGCGCAUCCCGGAUGUGGCUGCAUUGUCCAUGGGCUUCUCUGUGAAAGAAGAGCUUUCUUGGCCGGGACUUGCAGUGGGUAACCUACUCCAUCGUCCUCGAGCUACUGUUAUGGUGAUGGUGAAGGGAGUGGACAAGCUGGCUCUACCCCCAGGUAGUGUCAUCUCAUACCCUUUGGAGAACGCAGUUCCUUUUAGUCUUGACAGCGUUGCAAAUUCCAUUCAUUCCCUAUUUUCGGAAGAAACUCCUGUAGUUUUGCAGUUGGCUCCCAGUGAGGAAAGAGUGUAUAUGGUGGGGAAGGCAAACUCUGUUUUCGAAGAACUUUCAAUAACAUUACGACAGCUCCAUAAUCGCCUGUUUCAAGAGAACUCUGUUCUCAAUUCACUUCCCCUCAAUUCUCUGAGCAGGAACAAUGAAGUUGACCUACUCUUUCUUUCUGAACGGCAAGUGCUGCACGAUAUUUCAAGUUUGUUGUCUCGACAUAAGCAUCUAGCCAAGGAUCAUUCUCCUGAUUUAUAUUCACUGGAGCUGGCAGGCUUGGAUGAAAUUGGGAAACGUUACGGGGAAGACUCUGAACAGUUCAGAGAUGCUUCUAAGAUUCUUGUUGAUGAACUGCAAAAGUUUGCAGAUGACAUGUACAAUCUUUAUGGUGGGAAUGCAGUGAUAGAAUUAGUGACUAUAAAGUCAUUUGACACGGCUCUUAUGAGGAAGAUGAGGACUAUCCUUGAGGCAAAACCAACGGGCAACCCAGCAAGUCCCUAUAACCUUGCAUAUAAGUAUAAUUUUGAAUAUUCAGUGGUUUUCAACAUGGUACUUUGGAUAAUGAUCGCCUUGGCCUUGGCUGUGAUUAUUACCUCUUACAGUAUUUGGAACAUGGAUCCUGGAUAUGAUAGCACCAUUUAUAGGAUGACAAACCAGAAGAUUCUAAUGGAUUGAACUUUCCUUAUGCUAGACUUAGAAAACGGGUUUGGAAAUUAACUGUUUUGUUAAAAUAAAUCAUUUAGUGUGGUUUAAAGUAGUUAGUGUAGUGUACUAUGAAUUUACAAGAACAAACAAAUUUUGUUCUCUAUUUUGUGUGUGCCUGUGGCUUUUUUUAGAGUGAAUUAUAGUAUUAAUGUGAAUCAAAUUAUGUGAUAUAGAGUCCAAAUAUGCUCAAAUAUAAUAUAACCAUUAAUAAUAUAAUUUCAUUCCAUUUAAUAUUUGGAAAUAUGCACUGAAAUAAAUGUAAACCAUUUAGAAUGGCUCAUGUUAUUUAUGUUGGAAAAAUGCACUGAAUUUACUAGAGA